AUGGGUGUGGAUUUGAGACAAGUGGUGGCUGGAAUCCUCACCAUUACCAUGUUUGUCAUGCUCGGACAAAUGCUUCAUAGAGAUUACUUUGAUGCUAAUCAGGUUCAAGGAGAUGCUCAUGAUAUUGAGUUCCAUGGAUCAAAAGUAUCUCUGGAAGAUGGGCUUGUUAGAUCCAGUGAAGGGCAUAAAGGGCCUUGGAUGGAAGAUAGCCAUGAUCUUAAACCUUGUUGGUCAAUAUCUGAGUCUGACGAAGCUGUAUCUUCAAAGGGUUAUGUGACAUUCUCCUUAACGAAUGGUCCUGAGUACCAUGUCUCUCAGAUUACUGAUGCUGUGAUGGUGGCUAAGCAUCUUGGAGCAACGCUUGUGCUCCCUGACAUAAGAGGAAGCAAACCUGGUGAUGAAAUGAACUUUGAAGACAUCUAUGAUGUAGAUAAACUCGUUAAAAGCCUUGAAAGUGUUCUCAAAGUUGUGAAAAAGUUGCCGAGCCACGUAUCUCUAAGGGACAUCGCCAUUGUUAAGGUUCCCACCAGAGUUGGAGAAGAGUACAUCAAGGAACAUAUCAGUCCCAUCUUCAAAUCAAAAGGCAACAUUAGAGUUACAACCUAUUUCCCUUCAGUGAACUUGAGGAAGUCUUCUCUGGAUGGUGGUGAGACCGACCCUGUCUCUUGUUUGGCUAUGUUUGGUUCCUUGGAGUUGCAACCUGGAGUGAAUGAACUGGUAGAGUCCAUGAUUCAGAAGCUCAAGACGAAAUCUAGUGGCCGUUUCAUAGCCAUAGACUUGAGGGUUGAGAUACUUGAGAAGAAAAACUGCCGUGAGACAGGUGCAGGAGGAUCCAAAACAUGUUACAACGCACAAGAGAUCGCAUUGUUCUUGAGGAAGCUUGGGUUUGAUGGUGAUACAACUAUUUACCUGACUCAGCCAAGAUGGGAGAGCAGCCUCAAUAUUCUCAAGGACAUCUUCCCUAAAACGUUUACUAAGGAGACAAUAAUGCCUGCAGAGAAGAAAUCUAAGUACCUUGAGUUAGAGAACUCAGAGUAUGAAAAUGUUAUUGACUUCUAUAUAAGUUCGAGGAGUGAUGUGUUUGUGCCAGCCAUUCCUGGUUUGUUUUAUGCCAAUACCGUUGGGAAAAGGAUAGCUUUAGGCAAGCCUCAAGUUCUAGUUCCAGCUGAGAUCUCAGGAACAUCUGGUGUUUCUACUGAUUACAUCUCUCCCUAUAUCUCAAAGAAGAACCAUUUGGCGUAUUCAUGCUUUUGCUGA